AUAACUCAUCAAUGUUGAUAGCACCUUGUGACCAGGGAGUGACUUGUGAAGCCUGCCAGUGGCAUUCCUAUCUUCUCUUACUUGUUUCAAGGCUGCCAGGUCCAACGAGAUGUCAGAUGGUGAAAGGACUGCUACACACGCCACCUUGCAAACACUAAGGGCUAGAUAUAACUACCUGCUCAUUCCCUUUUGACUCUGGCACAAAUGAAUUAAUCAUCGCUAUUAUCACAGCAUCUGCAAGGGACCUGACUGGGGUGAUUAAGAGCUUCUAUCAGCACUGGAUAAAACAGUAGGAAACGUCAUCCCUGCCCUGCCUAAAAGAUCAAUUGUGAGAAGAAAAGAGUCAUUUGUAAAGGACACAUCUGACACAGUUUAUCAUUAAUGGAUCAUUUGUUGGAUGACUUCUCAUACAAAUUUAUCAAAAAUUUCACUGAAGAUCUCCAGUUUUAUUUGAUGACAUAUUUUAUAUCUGGGUGUACCUAUUACAGACCUGGAGUGGGAUGGCAUCCAAGUUUGUCAUUUUUUCCUCUCCUUCAAUAUCAAUACAGAUCUGAAAGGGUCUCAGAAAACAAGAUCCACCAAAGAAAAUCAUCCCGGGAUAGAUGACCCACUGUGCCCUGAAGGAAACCUUUCUUCUGUGUGAGCCAGGCCAAAAAUAAACCCCACAAAUUAUCCUUCCAAACACCUGUAAAGUGAUGAUUAUCAUAUGGGAAUUUGAGAAGCUGAUGUAUGACAUAGUUUGGAACCAGAUGGAAGAUAUCCAACUUGCAUGAUGUCCCAAAGGCCUUACUACAAAAUAAACAAGAGAAGAAAAAAUUACCAAUGUUUUAUGUGUGCUUGCAGACUAGACUUCUCUAGUUAUCAUAGACAAAGCUAAGGCAAACAUACAACCAUUUUUUGAAAAGUUCCCAAAUCAUAUGUAAAGGCUAACAAUUGUGACAAAAAUUUGCCGUAUACUCUGUCUUUCUGACCCAUUGACCAGCCAUCUUGUGGAAAGUGCAGCUAUUACUUAUGGAUUUAGACUUUGAAUGACUAUUAGGCAAGGACAGUUUCACUAGAAAUAAUCAUGAUUGAUAAUUAUACAUGUAACAAGACUGAAGGAGACAAUAUAGAUUUUCGGUAUUUCAUUUAUGCGGUGACAUACACUGUUAUUCUUGUGCCAGGUCUCAUAGGGAACAUAUUAGCCUUGUGGGUAUUUUAUGGCUAUAUGAAAGAAACCAAAAGGGCUGUAGUGUUUAUGAUAAAUUUAGCCAUUGCUGACUUAUUACAAAUUCUUUCUCUGCCACUGAGGAUCUUCUACUAUUUGAACCAUGACUGGCCAUUUGGUCCUGGUCUCUGCAUGUUUUGUUUCUAUCUGAAAUAUGUUAACAUGUAUGCCAGCAUCUACUUCUUGGUCUGCAUCAGUGUACGAAGAUUUUGGUUUCUCAUGUACCCCUUUCGUUUCAAUGACUGUAAGCAGAAAUAUGACUUGUAUAUUAGCAUUGUUGGUUGGCUGAUCAUCUGCCUUGCUUGCCUACUUUUUCCUCUCCUCAGAACCAAUGAUGAUACCCCAGGCAACAGAACCAAAUGCUUUGUGGAUCUUCCUACCAGGAAUGUCAAUCUGGCACAAUCUGUUGCCAUGAUAACUAUUGGAGAGUUGGUCGGGUUUGUUACUCCUCUUAUGAUUGUUCUAUACUGUACCUGGAAAACAGCUUUAUCGUUACAAAAUAAAUACCCCAUUUCUCAACAUCUUGGAGAGAAAAAGAAAGCUCUGAAGAUGAUUCUGACCUGUGCAGGAGUAUUUCUAAUUUGCUUUGCACCUUAUCACUUCAGCUUUCCUUUAGAUUUCCUGGUUAAGUCCAAUGAAAUUAAGAGCUGCCUAGCCCGAAGAGUUAUUCUAAUAUUUCAUUCUGUGGCCCUGUGUCUGGCAAGUCUGAAUUCCUGCCUUGACCCAAUCAUAUAUUAUUUUACCACUAAUGAGUUCAGAAGACGUCUUUCAAGACAAGAUUUGCCUGAGAGUAUCCAACUCCAUACAAAGUCAUACAAAAUUGUGAGUAACCAUACCACUUCUACAAUGGGAACUGACCUAUGCUAAUAAAAUCCAGAACUAAAUGUGACCUAGAAUGAAAGUACCAGAAUACAUUUGCAAUACCCCGUCAACAAGAUAGUACUCAUAGAAAGUAGUCACAACUUUUAAAUGUGUUCUAUAUUACUUGAGUAGGGAAUGCACAUAUUUAUGACAGGACCUAGUUCGAACAUUAUGUUUCAUCAUCAUUGCUGGUGACAUGUCUAUGCAGCAAUGUAUGACCAAGUCUUUAAGACUUAAGUGGUAAAAUUUUGAUGACACUCUACGCACAUAUGCUCUCAGCUAGAGUCAUCAACAUUAUCUGUGAACCUAAGUCACAAAGAGAUUACUAGCUCAAGUUCACCUUAAGUACUGGGUUUUCUUACCUCAGAUGAUGAAAACAUGUUCAGAGGGAAUGCAAUUGUCUAUUUGUAGUAGUGAUCACGAUUUUCAUUCCAACAAUAUUUGGUAAUGUUUAAAGUGCAAUGAACAAUACUUUCUGUACACAUAACAUUACAAAAAUAGGAUAAUUUUUAUCUCCAGGGUGUAUUCCAUUCUAUGAUUUGAAAACUCCUUUGCUUGGUUUCUUUAGUAUCAAUAUGAAAUAACAUCUGUCAAUCUAAUCAUUGAAUGAAAUUAUGAAAUCGUGCUUUGGUAUAAUUAAAUUAAGAACAGCAAAGCAGUCAUGACAUACAAUAAUCAUCUAUGAUUGUAUAAAAUAUUACACUGAAUAUUCCCAGGGCAGAUAGUUUUCUAGAGUCAACUCAAUAUGACUCACAUGGCCUCUAGGCCUAAUAGAAAGGAAACAGGAGACAAUAACAGUUCUGGCUCUCUUAAACUAGUUCCAAAGAACACCUUCAGAAAUGUAUGAACCUGCCUAGUAGAGGGAUUUUUUCAUAGUGUUUUAGAAUUACAUUGAUGAAAUCUAACAGGCUACUGCACUUACUGAGUCUAUGGAAGUAACAGUGCACCAAUUAUUCACUAAGCUUGGGCCAGAGUGAAAAGAUGAAGCAAACUGAAGCAUGUCUCUUAAAAUCAUCACUAUUGUCCUUCAUUCUCCAAGCUAAGUUGUGCCUGUCAAUGCAUCUCCAAAGCCAGAGUAGGGCUUGAAGACACUGGUCAUGUGGACUUUCAAGUCUACAUUUUUUCAGUUAAGUUUUAUGAAUAUAAAGCCUAUAUAGAUUACCUCUCAGAAACUGUUGAAAGCAAUUCUUUCAUUUUUUUGAGAAGCUAAUUCCAUCAGCCUUAGACACUCCUUACAAAUGCUUUGCCUAUUACCUGCUUGGUACUAUUGCACUGGAAAAACUGGGGUAUGUGGCUGUAAGUACUAGAAUAGUCUUAUUAUAUACAUUAUGAAUAUUAUCACUUUUAAAAUGUUUAACAAGGAAAUAGAAAUAGAACGCACUCUUCUUUACAUUGAGAAAAAUGCAGAAACCAAGGAAAGACAUUUUUAAUAUUCAGAAAAAUAGGGUAGUUUUAGGCAUAUAGUUAAUUAUCCUAUAUGUGAGGGGGGAAACUAGUUAAAUCACCAUGAAUUCUAACUACCAAUACUACUGGAAAACUUCUAAAGUUUUGUCUGAGCAAGUAUUGAUUAUGCUUGUAUAUUUUUAUGAGAAUAAUACUGGAUUAGGAAAAUGACUUGUGCUGCUAGCAACAGUAUAUUUAUGUAUUUCCUAGUUAUUCCUUGUAAUGUACAUAUGUUUUGGUAUAUUAAAUAAGUGUUACAUUUUGUUUUCAAAAGAAA